AUGGAGGAAUAUGGUAGGCAACCACUUCUCUCCUCACAAAACGAUAACCAAAAUCAAGACCAGCACUUAAGAUUUCUACCCAGACCAACAACAAACUCCUCCAUCGCCUCCUCCUUCACCCCUGAUCCUGAUGACAUCCCUCUAAUCAACAGUGUCCGUGAUUUCUCUAGAGAAUUUUACAGAGAGUCCAGUAAGCUAUGGUAUCUUGCCGCCCCUGCCAUCUUCACCACCUUGUGCCAAUACUCCCUUGGUGCUAUCACUCAGCUUCUUGCUGGACAUGUUGGCACGCUGGAUCUAGCUGCUGUCUCUGUCGAGAACUCUGUCAUAGCUGGAUUCUCUUUCGGAGUCAUGGUAUACCUAUACUUCUUGGAAGUAUGGUAUUUCACGGCAUUAAUAUUGUUCGCUGGAUAUCUAAAGAAUGCUGAAGUUGCUGUGGAUGCCUUGUCAAUAAGCACCAAUAUAGUGGGCUGGACGGUCAUGAUAGCUAUUGGAAUCAAUGCAGCCAUAAGCGUGAGAGUGUCAAAUGAACUAGGAGCUGCCCAUCCGAGAACAGCGAAGUUCUCUUUAGUAGUGGCCACACUAGCUUCGCUUUUGAUAGGCCUCGUAAUCGCACUCAUUCUGGUCUUGGCACGAAACCAAUACCCAGACUUGUUUACGAACGAUGCUCAAGUUAAGGAACUAGUGAAGCAGCUCACACCUCUCCUCGCUUUCUGCGUUGUCCUCAAUAAUGUUCAACCUGUUCUCUCUGCUCCAAAUGGGGGUCCAGGGAAUUUGGAUCGGAAUGCUGAUAGGAACUGUCCUACAGAGUGCCGUUCUCUUCUGGAUGAUUGGUAA